CGCAACCAACCAUGGUCAAUCUCCCCAACCACAAUUAAUAACCUCCCCCCUUCCCUCAAUUCAAUCCCCAUCUUCUUCUUCUUCUUCUUCUUCUUCUUCUUCUUCUGUGUGACUCUGAGAUUCAGUGAGGAUUUGGUUUCACUUUACUUUACUUCACCAUGGGUGCACUCCAUAUUCUCCUCCUCACAGCCACCGUGCUUUCCAUUUCCUCCGCCGUCACCACCGCCCACAACAUCACCGACAUUCUCGCGUCCCACCCGGAGUACAGCGAGUUCAACCGCUACCUCUCGCAGACCAAACUCGCCGACGAGAUCAACUCCAGAACCACCAUCACCGUUCUGGUGGUCAACAAUGGCGCCUUCUCCGCCAUUACCGCCAAACACCCACUCCCCGUUGUCAAGAACAUUCUCGAACUCCACGUCUUGCUUGACUACUGGGACGGCAAAAAGCUCCACGACAUCUCCGACGGCACCACUAUGUCCACCACGUUGUACCAGACCACCGGAAAUGCCCCCGGAAUAUCCGGCACCGUCAACAUCACGGAUCAGAAAGGGGGGAAGGUUGGAUUCGGAUCUGCCCUUCCCGGAUCGCAUUUGGUCUCUCAGUACAGCAAGGAGGUUAAGAGCAUCCCUUACAAUAUAUCUGUGAUUGAGAUCAAUACGCCGAUCAUUGUCCCGGCGGUGUUGAAUGCUCCGGCUCCGGCGGCGUCUGAUUUCAACAUCACCGCCGCCCUUGAAAAAGCUGGGUGCAAGACUUUCGCCGGGCUGCUGGUCUCUUCCGGGGUGCUCAAGAACUUUGAGAAGGCGGCGGAUGAAGGGCUGACGGUCUUUGCGCCCAACGACGAGGCUUUCAAGGCGGAGAAGUUGCCGGAUCUGAGUAAGCUCGACAAUGCCGAUCUGGUCGCACUUCUACAGUAUCACGCCGUCGCCGAUUACACUCCUAUGGGGACGUUGAAGACAUCCAGAGAUCCGAUUUCCACUCUUGCCACUAACGGCGCCGGAAAGUACAAGCUGAGCACUGAGACCGCCGGAGACUCUGUUACUAUCGAUACCGGCGUGGACUCGUCCAAAGUCGCAUCCACGGUGAUAGAUUCGACGCCGCUCUGUAUUUUCACGGUAGACAAUGUGCUUCUCCCCGCCGAGCUCUUCGGCAAGGCUCCUUCUUCGGCUCCGGCCCCGGCGCCGGAGUUUUCCCCUGCCCCAGCCCCAUCCCCUGAAGUUGCCGACGCGCCAAGCCCGUCGUUGGAAGAGGCGCCUGCGCCAUCUCCCCCGGCUCCUCCGUCGCCGUCACCGGCCAGCGGCGCUCCCGCGGAAAGCCCAAGUGAUGAUUCGCAGAACAGCACGGCCGACAAGAACGCCGGUAGGGUCGACGCUCCGUCAUUGGUCACCCUGGUCGCAGUGUCAUUGCAGUUAUUCGCAUGCAUUUACCUUUUCUAGUUUUUUUUUUUUGGUUUUGUAUGAUACUAAACGGUUUUUCACAUGUAGGAGUACAAUUCCAUUUGAGUUUAUUUAUUUACGGAGCAUUUAAUUUCCCUUACUUAUUCCAAUGAUUUAUUGAAUGAAAUCAUACUUGUGCAUUAAUACUCUUCUGUUCCAAAAAACACUUUUCUUUUCUUAUUAAAAAGUUAGUUUUACCCAUAUAAAUUCUUAACCUAUCU